AUGGAUUGGGGAGUGAGGGUCACGACACUGGCUCUAUGGAUGGUGAUAGGACUCUCCGCUAUCAAUGACUGCAAUGGUGACCAGAGAAUCGUAUGUUAUUACACAAAUUGGUCGGUGUACAGGCCAGGGACAGCGAAAUAUUCACCGCAGAACAUAAAUCCAUACCUCUGUACCCAUCUUAUUUAUGCCUUUGGGGGUUUCACCAAGGACAACACACUCAAGCCAUUCGACAAAUACCAAGACAUUGAGAAAGGUGGAUAUGCCAAGUUCACUGGUCUCAAGACGUAUAAUAAAAACCUCAAGACAAUGCUGGCCAUUGGUGGAUGGAAUGAGGGCUCAAGUAGAUUUUCACCCAUGGUAGCUGAUCCCGAGAGGAGAAGGGAGUUGGUGAAAAAUUCUGUCAAAUUUCUCAGGCAAAAUCACUUCGAUGGUCUCGACCUAGAUUGGGAGUAUCCGGCAUUCAGGGACGGUGGAAAGCCACGGGAUAAGAAUAAUUACGCCGAUCUCGUACAGGAAUUGAGAGAAGAGUUCGAAAGGGAGUCAUCGAAAACAGGUAGACCACGUCUCCUCCUGUCAAUGGCAAUUCCCGCUGGUAUUGAGUACCUGGAAAAAGGAUACGAUCUACCGAGGUUGAACGAAUACUUAGAUUUCUUCAAUCUCCUAUCCUACGACUAUCACUCGGCAUUCGAGCCAGCGGUCAAUCAUCACUCGCCGUUGUAUGGAUUGGAGGAGGCUAAUGAGUACAAUUACGACAGUGAAUUAACUAUCGAUUAUACCAUAAGUUAUCUCUUGAAUCAUGAUGUCACGUCUGAGAAAAUUGUGCUUGGUAUACCGACGUAUGGAAGAUCCUACACACUUUAUAAUGCAGAUGCCACAGAUAUUGGGGCUCCUGCUGAUGGACCUGGGGAGGAAGGAGAUGCCACCAGGGAGAAGGGAUACUUGGCUUAUUACGAAAUCUGCGAAAAUAUAGCCAAAUCAGACGAAUGGGAAGUGGUCCAGCCAAACGAGAAAGCCAUGGGUCCCUACGCCUUCCGAGCGAAUCAAUGGGUUGGCUAUGACGACGAGAACAUAGUUCGAGUGAAAGCCUUCUACGUCAAAGAGAAGAAACUGGGAGGCAUCAUGUUCUGGUCCAUCGACAAUGAUGACUUCCGUGGGAAGUGUCACGGACGUCCGUAUCCACUCAUCGAAGCUGCCAAAGAGGCUCUCCUCUCCGGAAGCGAAAAAACUUCUGAAAGAUCGAAGCCACAAGCCCACCGCAAGAAGACAAGGCCCCACGGAACUCAGCGCACAGCAGACUCCUCCAUCGAACGAAAAUACUCAUCACCACGUCGGUCAGGUUCGAAGCCAACUCGGAAGCGUCUUUCCACCUCUCGCUCGACUUCUCGUCCCACUCCCAAAACUCCUCCACCUGACGCAGAAGAUCCUGAAGAUUCCCCUGAAUCCCCUGAAGAACGCAACACCCUUACUCGCCCCCGCAAAACUCGUCUGAAAUCUCGCGCAGGAACCCGCAGACGAGAUCAAACAAGAAAGAUAGAGAGAACCGAGGAAGAUACAUCCUCCCUCAGCAACAGUAUAACCACCCCGGAACCUCCGACGACCCCAGAUCCAGGCUCCGACUUCAAAUGUGAGGAUGAAGGAUUCUUCCCUCAUCCUCGAGACUGCAAGAAGUACUUCUGGUGCUUGGACAGUGGUCCUGGUGGUCUUGGAGUCGUUGCCCACCAGUUCACGUGUCCAUCCGGUCUAGUUUUCAAUAAAGCAGCUGAUUCCUGUGAUUAUCCUCGCAAUGUCGUGUGUCCAAAGGUCAAAACAUCAUCAGGUACUUCGACGACCCCUAAACCUGUCACCACGAGCAAAGCUACGAAGCGAACUACAACUGCAAAACCAGAGUCUGAGGAAGAAGAGGACGAGGAGUAUGAGUAUGAGGAUGAUGAGGUGAAUGCUGCUGAGGAGAAGGAAGAGUUGCCUGUAAGCACGACUGCGAAAGCUUUGUUGUAUAAGACGAUUAGUAGAAGCAGACCUACUACGACUACUAGUACUACCACAACUGAAGCUACGACGACCGAAGGGACUACCGAGACCUCUAGAGCAUUUAAGGGUGAAGACGGAGAGGCUGAGGACACUGAGGAUCCCAGGGUUCUGAAAGAGCUAAUAGAUCUGAUUAAGAAGGCUGGCGGAAUCGAGCAGCUCGAAAAACAGCUGCAUCUACAGGAGAAGGGAUCAGGAGAUACUACUCAGGGAAGCCUAGCUACGCCUGCUACGAUCAGCAGGAGUCUUUAUGAGAGGGUGCUGAAUCGACAGGCCACAAAGUUGUUUGGAGGCACGAGUGGGAAGGACACGAAGCAAGUGGCGAAUUCUAGGAGUCCCUUCCAGAAUGGACCUGGGAGAUCACAAUUCGAGGGACUAGAUGAGGUGCCAGAGGUGAAGAGCUUGAGGAGGACUAAUAAGCAUCAGUACGUUACAAUAGCACGGCAAAGAUCAUCGACGAAUGAACCUGCAGUGGGCGAAAACGAAGAACUGGGUCAGGAUGAAGAAAUUGAACAAGACAAUGAUGAUGCGUCUUCUGAUGAUCGGGAAGUCAGUAAUGUUCCAGGGAAAGAAAGGAAUUUAUCCCCAAAACGAGUAACACCGAAUUAUGUCAACAUUCGUAGAGCCAGACCAACGACUCCAGCGAGUGACAACGAUUUAGAAGAAAAAGACAUGCAAAAAGAAAACACCUCAAAACUCUCCCGCAGACAGCACAACAGAAAUUCUCCAAGUGAAGAGGAAGCAGAGGACCCGCCAUCCUCAACGGAAUCCAUCGAAGUCUCCCAAGAGUCAACGACUGCAAAAACCAGAUACACCAACAUCCAUCGCUUCAGAAGUACAACAACGUCCUCCAGUGAACCCGAAGAUCCGCCAAAAUCAUCAGAAGAAACUUCAGAGUCUGCCUCAACAAGCUCCCUCGAGCUCACCCCCACUGAGCCCCAGGUCUUCUCAACUCCCUCCCCCUCCCCCACCACAGAGGCUCCAAUGCCCUCCACAGAGUCUCUCCCCGACGCCACAAACCCCACAAUAAGCACAACUCACCAGCCAGCAACAGAACCAGUGAAACUGGUAGAGAACUCAGUCACUGAAAUACUACUAACAACAUUCCCAGCACCAUCGAACCCUCGCACAACUCCUUUACCAAGGACAACAGUCUCAGUAGUAUCUUCACCCAGACCCUUUGGAUACCCCCGAAGAAUACGUCCAACAACAGCAUCAUCAUCAUCAUCAUCAUUAUCAACACCACCAUCAACAACUGAGCAAUCAAGAGUCAAGGUGGGAGCUCUGAGGCAUUCGGGGAACUUUUUGAGAAGACCUGGUAGCAUUAUUAGACCCACUACGUCGAAGAGCUACGCUAUUGAAUACGAAACCGCAGAUCGUCGUUACUCGAGUAGAUUCAUAGUGCCGACAACCAAAAAUACCGACCAAACUGGUCGUGCGCAAGAGCUCGCAGUGACACUGAUAGAUCCAUCAGUGGUUGCUUCUUUUGAGACAGGUAAAGAAAUCUCGAGAAACCGAGGUGGACAGAGGCAUAGACUCGAAGAGUUCAAAGGUAUCACUGAAACACCAAUCACCAGAACGACACCAUCAAGAAGAAGACAAAGGCCUACCACUGGCUCUCAAGAAGCUAAAGUCAUUACGAACAGGCCAAGACGCCCUGCCAUAAUUGAUUACGAUUACUACGUCGAUGAGGAGGUGCGUAUUUCGGUGAAGCCCGAGUUGAAGAACAAAAUCUAUGUGACAGCCAGUGGGAGGAUUGGUUGCUUGGAUCAGGGAACAUUUGCGCAUCCAUUUUCGUGCAAAAAAUUCAUCACUUGCGCUAAGAUGGUUGGGGGACAGGUCGUGCCCACUGAGUACUCUUGUCCUAAUAAAUUGUCCUUUGAUCCUGUUGGAGGUAUUUGUAAUUGGUCCGCUGGACUCGGAUGCAAGGAGUCUUUGUAA